AUGAGGUUCCUACAUUUUUCCAGUCUCUCACUGGCGACUUCAGUCUUUGCGCAAACCUCAGACGGCACACGACAAUGCGAGACGAGUUGCUACGACCACAAGCACCGUGUCUUCGUCGCGAGAGACAUGAGCAACAAGCCUGACGACCAGAUGAGCUUGGUCCGCUUCUUGACCUACGCCAACGAACUCGACAUCCAAGGUAUCGCCGGCACGACAUCAAUCCAUAAGAAUGACUCCGUGGAUGGAAACAACCAUUCGAGAGGUGAUAUCCGCCCAUGGGAACGUCACCGUCAACCUCAAGGUAUACGUUCCUGCCAGCGUACCAUACCCGACAGGCUCUGA